GGCGGCGGCGGUAGUGGUGGUGGUAACGAUCGUAGCGGUGGUGGUGGUUAAGAUGGCGCCUGCUGUGCCCCCCGCCUGUGCCUGCUCCUGCUGCUGCUUCUGCUAUUCCAUCGGCGUGGUUGUGGCUAUCCUGCUGAUCAUCUGCUGUGUCGACCCCGCCUCCGCCGAGCUGUACAGGAAAACGGCCCACAACGCGAAUCUCAACUACAACCACAACCCCAACAAGCACAACUACAACGGAUACAACAGCCCCUACAACUAUGGCCACUACGACGGUCGGUGGAGCACAGCAGCGCCCACCACAGACCACAGGAUGAAGGAGAAAAGGCUACUGGAUACCAUACUCGGGAACGGAACCUAUGACAGAAAGAUUCGACCCUCCUCACGCAAGGGCUCGAAGGACAUCAAUUUCACGAAGGUGGUCAUCAACAUCAUGAUUCGCUCCAUCAACAAGAUCGACGAUUACCACAUGGAGUACAGCGUGCAGAUGACUUUCAGGGAGCAGUGGCGGGAUGACCGACUGGCGUACAAAAACUCCAGCAUAUUCAACGAGACGGCAGGCAAGAUCAAGUACCUCACCCUAACGGAGACGGACAAGAUCUGGAUGCCUGACCUUUUCUUUAAGAACGAGAAGACCGGCCACUUCCACGACAUCAUCCUGCCCAAUACCUACAUCAGGAUCUACCCCGAUGGCGACGUCCUCUUCAGCAUCAGAAUCUCCCUGACGCUGUCCUGCCCGAUGAACCUCAAGCUGUACCCUCUCGACACCCAAGUCUGCGAGCUCCUCAUGGCCUCCUAUGGCUGGACCACCGAGGACUUGGUUUUCAUCUGGGAGAAGAACGAGCCCAUCCAGGUGAACGAGAACCUCCACCUGCCCCGCUUUACCCUCGAGGGCUAUGUCCCCAUCUACUGCAACAGCAAGACCAAUACAGGGGAGUACAGUUGUCUGAAGGUGAAUCUGUUCUUCAAGCGCGAGUUCUCGUACUACCUGAUCCAGUACUACAUCCCGUGCUGCAUGCUGGUUAUCGUAUCCUGGGUGUCCUUCUGGCUGGAUCAGUACGCCGUGCCUGCCCGCGUGGCCCUCGGCGUCACCACCCUGCUCACGAUGUCCACCCAGAACGCGGGCAUCAACCAGUCCCUCCCCCCCGUGUCCUAUACCAAGGCCAUCGACGUGUGGACAGGAGUGUGCCUAACCUUCGUGUUCGGGGCGCUGCUUGAGUUCGCGCUCGUCAACUACGCGUGUCGAUCAGACCUUCAGCGGGAUAAGAUGAACAAGCAGCAGCUCCGACGCCGCCGCUGGGAGCCUGAGCUGAUACAAGGCGUGCGGGCGGAGGCUGGAGUGAGCGGCGCCUUACCCUCCACGCCGCCGCCUCCUCCAGAAGACCUCCUCAUGCAGCCAUCCGCCUCGGCCUCCCCGUCGCACCGUCACAACCACCACCUCCACCAAUACCGCCAUUACUACCCGGGGCGCUGUGACUCUCCUGAGGACGACUAUCAGAACUUUGUGAGAGAGAGGAUGGAGAAUGGCGUCCCGGCUUUCGCUAUGAGGCCGCUGAUCGGGGUUUGUCACGAGGGGGCCAUGGGUGCUGGGGCCUGCGAGGUGCAUAUAGUGCGUCCCUCUGGUCGCGCCCCAAGCGGAAACUGCGUCAAGUCGUGGCUCUCCAAGUUCCCGACGCGGAGCAAGAGGAUCGACGUCAUUGCCCGCAUCACCUUCCCGCUCGUCUUCGCCCUCUUCAACGUCGCCUACUGGAGUGCUUACCUACGAGAAGAGAAGAAGCAGUUGUAAAGUUUCUCUCUCUCUCUCUCUCUCUCUCUCUCUCUCUCUCUCUCUCUCUCUCUCUCUCUCUCUCUCUCUCUCUCUCUCUCUCUCUCUCUCUCUCUCUCUCUCUUCAUGGACCAUCAUCGUUUUAGCCUAUCCUAUAUUUUUAUUCUUCUGUACUGUUCUUUCUUCUGCUUUCCCUGUCUUACAUCAUGCCAUAAUUCUUUCCUUCCUUCCUUCCUUCCUGCCUUCCAUCCUGCCUUCCUUCCUUCCUUCCUUCCUUCCCCUUCCUUCCUCCACUUCCUGCCAUCCUUCCUUUCUUUCUUUCUUCCUAUCUUAACCAUUCCUCUCUUCUGCCUUGUCUGCCUUCUCUCUUUCUUUCCUCUCAUUCUCCCAUCCUCCUCAUCCUCAUCCUCAUCCUCAUCCUUAUCCUUAUCCUUAUCCUCCUCCCGUCAUCCUGUCACCAAGUACAUAAUUGUAGAUAAAGACCAAAAAUGUUGCACAUCACACAGAGCAAAACUAUAUUUGUAAUGUUACCGUUUUCAUUCAUCUAGCUAAGUGUUUGCAACCACUACUGGGCGCGGCGCAAAAAGUAUAAAUAACAUAAUCCUGUCGGCAAGUUACAACCUCCAGAUAACGUGUUGAAAACCAUUGUAUUGUAAAGAAAUAGGUCGAAAAGAGGAAGUGUGAGUCGUUUUUGUAUGUGAGUGUGUUAAGAGAUUGGUAUAUAGUGAAAAGUCUUACGGAGUGACAGUAAAAAAACGAGAGAAUAAAUUUAAAAGCAUAGUUACAUGUUUAAUUUCUAAAAACAUAGAUCACAGAGUAGCCGUUUGUGUUCCUAAAAUGUUCCAAAAUCAUGAUAUUUUAAAGAGAAUGAAGAAAGGAACCCUGGCUUGGAGUGACGGUGUAGGUAUAUAAAGCGUUUGGUGUGAUACUACAAGGCUGUCACCUGUCUGUCAUGAGAGGUAGGAAGCUCUGAUUAACAUGUACUAUAACAUUUCUAUGAAGGGGCUCUUUCUUCUGAUCAUAAUACUGCAGGACAAGUUAUCAUUGCCAAGUCCAUUCACAAUUCACACUUAGGUCGGUAUGCUCAGACGCCUCCUCCUCUCACGUCAACUAUUUCCAAUGGCCAAAAAGGAGAUCAGUCGGGUUCUCAUGAGUGUUUUUUUAGAUUCAGUGUACAGAAGAGGGAUAAAACUGCUACCAUGGUCAUUAAAAUACCCUUUGAAAUGCCCUAAACCCCUUCGAAAGCCUUAAUAAAUGUAUGUGUUUGGGGGCCGCAAUGUUUGAGAAUAUGGGCCUUAUACUUCUUGAAUGAAUCUGUCGUUGUUACUUGAGAUGCUUCCAUGGCUUCCUCUCUACAUUGACAGUCCACAACAAAUUACGUUU